AUGGCUGAAUCAUCCAUUAAAGAGGAUCGUGUUGAGCAGCCACCUGCUGAUCUGAGAUCAGCUACUCUUCAUCCCUCCAUCACAGCCCAGUCUGGAGGCAAUGCUGUGGUACCCCAGUUUGUCAGAAGCAAUAUUACCGGUGAUUUAAAUAUUACUAUAAACAUCAACUCUGAAGACAAAGGUGUUGAGGAUGGCGAGGAAACAUCUGCAAUCUUAGAUGCCCGACCCCUGCAGAUGAAAGAGCAAACUGAUGGAUCUGUUAAAAGAGCCCAACAGACGCUGAAAAGUAAUCUGAAGAAGAAGUUUGAAUGCAUAUUUGAAGGUUUAGCGAAGCUGGGUCACCGAACCCUCCUGAAUGAGAUCUACACAGAGCUCUAUAUUACAGAAGGGGUGCGAGGGGAAGUCAACAAGGAACACGAGGUGAGACAAAUUGAGACAGUCUCCAUGAGACAAACCAGACAGGAGACUCCAGUCAUCUGUAAUGACAUCUUUAAGCCUUUACCAGGGCAAACACAGUCUAUCAGAACUGUGCUGACUAAGGGGAUCGCUGGCAUUGGAAAAACAGUCUCCGUGCAGAAGUUCAUUCUCGACUGGGCAGAAGGAAAAGCCAAUCAGGAUGUUCGUUUCGUGUUUGUUCUUCCAUUUCGGGAACUAAACUUUAUUAAAGAUGAUCAGCACAGUCUUCUUGGGCUUCUGAAUGUCUUCCACCAUGAAAUGAGUGAGACUGAAGAUAAUGAAUCUAAUUUUGACAAGGUUUUGUUCAUCUUUGAUGGUCUAGAUGAAAGCAGACUUACAUUGAAUUUCCAAUGCAACAAGAUAUUGACUGAUGUAAAAAAGACAUCCUCAGUGGACAUGCUACUGACAAACCUCAUUAAGGGGAAUCUCCUUCCCUCUGCUCUCCUCUGGAUCACCUCCCGGCCAGCAGCAGCCAAUCAGAUCCCUCCUGAGUACAUCCAUCGAGUGACAGAGGUACGAGGGUUCAGUGACCCACAGAAGGAGGAGUACUUCAGGAAGAGAUUCAAUGAUCAGAACUUAGCCAGUAGAAUUAUCUCUCACAUAAAAUCAUCCAGGAGUCUCUACAUCAUGUGUCACAUACCAGUCUUCUGUUGGAUUUCUGCAACUGUUCUGAAGGCAAUGUUGGUUGGAGCUAAUUGUGGAGAAAUUCCCAAAUCUCUGACUGAAAUGUACACACACUUCCUGCUCAUUCAGACUAAUCUGAAUAAUCAAAAGUAUCGUGGCAGCACUGAGAAAAACCCAAAGAAAAUGUCAGCAUCCGAUGCGGAAAUCAUCCUGAAACUAGGACAGUUGGCAUUUCUACACCUGGAAAAAGGAAAUCUGACAUUCUAUGAAGAAGACCUGAGCAAGUGCGGCAUUGACGUCACUGAAGCGUCAGUGUACUCUGGGGUGUGCACAGAAAUCUUCAAAGAAGAGUGUGGGCUGUAUCAGGAGAAAGUGUAUUGCUUUGUGCAUCUGAGCAUCCAGGAGUAUCUAGCUGCCUUGUUUGUGUUUCAUUCGUAUGUAUAUCACCACAGAAAUGUUUUCCAACCAGAUUUACUAAGACCUCAUGGUGACAGAAUGCAGUUGUUUGAGUUACACAAGAUUACAGUGGAUCAGGCCUUGCAAAGUGAGAAUGGACACCUGGACCUUUUCCUUAGAUUCCUUCUUGGCCUCUCAAUGGAGUUCAAUCAGAGGCUUCUGGGGGGCUUUCUGACACAGACAGGAAAUAGCUCAAAUGUAGCAGACCCACUGACACAGUACAUUAAGGAGAUGAUUAAAUCUGAAUCCUCGGCAGAGAAGACCAUCAGUCUUCUCCACUGUCUCAACGAACUUAAUGACAACUCUCUUAUGGUAGAAAUCCAGACCUCACUGGCAUCUGGAACGCUCUCUGAGAAGGAGCUGGAGCUAGAACAGUGUUCAGCUUUGGCCUUUGUGUUGCUGAUGUCAGAGGACGUCCUGGAUGUGUUUGACUUGAAGAAGUACAAGACAUCAUGGGAAGGUCGUCAGAGACUAGCACCAGUAGUCAAGAACUGCAGGAGUGCCAUACUGGACAGCUGUAAUCUCACAGAAGAGUCAUGUGUAACUGUGGCCUCAGCCCUCCAGUUAUCAUAUACACCAGUGAGAGAGCUGGAUCUCAGCUACAACAAACUGGAAGAUUCAGGAGUAAAGUGGCUCUGUGCUGGACUGAUGAGUCCAAACUGCAAAUUACAGACUUUGAAGAUUUCAGGCUGUGGAGUAUCUGAGGAACAUUGUGCUUCUCUGGCUUCAGUUCUGUGUUCAAACACCUCGUUGCUGAGAGAGCUGGACCUCGGCAACAAUAUCCUCGGAGAUACAGGAGUGAAGCUGCUCUGCACUGGACUGAUGAGUCCAAACUGUAAUCUACAGAGACUCGGGCUGUCAGCCUGUGAAGUCACAGGAAAAGGUACUGCAUCUCUAGCAUCAGCUCUGUGUUCAAACUCCUCACAACUAAGAGAGUUGGAUCUGAGCUACAAUCACCUCAGAGACAUAGGUGUGAGAGCGCUCUCUACUGGACUAGAGGACCUCAGCUGCAAACUGGAGACACUGUUACUAGGUUGGUGUAAUCUCACAGAAGGUUGCUGUGAUGAUCUGGCCUCAGUGCUGCGCUCACACCACUCAGAGCUGAGAGAGCUGGAGCUAAGAGACAAUGACCUGCAGGAUUCAGGAGUGAGAGCGCUCUCUGCUGGACUGGAGGAUCCACACUGUAAACUACAGAGACUGGGGCUGUCAGGCUGUCAAGUCACAGACAGAGGCUGUGUUUCUCUGGUUUCAGCUCUGCGUUCAAACCCCUCACACCUGAGAGAGCUGGAUCUGAGCUACAACCACCCAGGAGACUCGGGAGUGAGAGCAUUGGUUGCUAGACUGGAGGAUCCCAUCUAUAAACUAGGAACGUUUCUUGUGGACCAUGGAGGAAUCAGCCGGAUCAAACCAGGACUGCGGAAAUAUGCCUGCCAGCUCACACUGGACCCCAACACAGCACACAGAGAGCUGUCUCUAUCUGAGAAGGAGAGGAAGGUGACAAAGAUAGUAGAGAGGAAGCAGCCAUGUCCUGAUCACCCAGAGAAAUUUGACACUUGGUCCCAGGUGCUGUGCAGAGAGGGUCUGUCUGGGGCUCGCUAUUACUGGGAGGCUGAGUGGAGUGGGACAAAAACCGAAUGGAGGGGAGUGGGAGCUGGAAUUGGGGUGACGUAUAAAGGAAUCAGCAGGAAAGGAGGGGGCUCUGACAGUUACCUUGGGGGCAAUGACAAGUCUUGGAGUCUAUAUUGCACUGAGGAUGGUUAUUCUGCCCUACACAAUGGGAGCAGCAGUGACAUACCAGCUCCCCCCUCCUGUUCCAACAGAGUAGGAGUGUAUCUGGACUGGCCGGCCGGCACUCUGUCCUUCUACAGCGUCUCCUCUGACACUCUGACCCUCCUGCACACUUUCCACACCACAUUCACUGAACCCCUCUAUCCUGGGUUCUGGUUAUAUGGGAGAUCCUCAGUGUCCCUAUGCAUGUUGGGCUAG